CCCCACCGCUUUGGAAGGUGGGGCUGGGGAGAGCGGUUGAGGUAAAGCCACCUCCUCCGCCAGGAGUGCUCGAACCCGCGCGAGGCUCUAGUCGGCGUCCGGGAGCUGUGCGGCGGGAGCGGCGCGCUCGAGUUCUGAGCAUUUUCCGCGACUGAGCAGGGCUAUGAGUUCUUUAAAUGAAUAUGGUUCCAGUUCCUGGGGACUCGCAAUCACAGUUGAACAUCACAAUGGAGAAAAACAAAAAGAGGUUCCCCUUCAGGUAUCAGGCGAGCUUCAUGUCGGAGGGUUGAUGCUCAGACUUGUGGAACAAAUUGGGAUAUCCCAAGAUUGGUCAGACUAUGCCCUUUGGUGGGAGCAAAAGAAAUACUGGCUUCUGAAAACUCAUUGGACUCUAGAUAAAUAUGGAGUGCAAGCAGAUGCCAUACUCUUGUUUGCCCCUCAGCACAAAAAUCUGCGCCUUCGUUUACCAAGCAUGAAGAUUGUGAGGCUGAACGUUAGCUUCUCUUCUGUGGUAUUCAGGGUUGUUGGGGACAUCUGCAAGAGCCUUGGUAUUAGACGAUCAGAAGAACUGUCUCUGCUGAAGCCAACCAAUGAGAUAAAAAAGAAAAAGAGGAAGGACAAAGAGAAGGACAAGGACAAAGAACCCGUCGUAGAAGAUAUUUUAAACCUGCACAAUUCUCCAGUGAGUUUGGGAUUGCCAGCCAGUCCUGGCUUAUAUAGCAAGACAAUGACCCCGACUUAUGAUCCCAUUACUGGUUCACCUGUCGCUUCCACCGUUGCGUGGUUCAGUGACAGCCCACUGGCACAACAAAGCUGGAGCACCCUUGCUUUUAGCCAUCCUAACUGUGCACCAGAGACACUUGCCAAAAUGUAUCAGCCUCGAACAUUGGUCGACAAAGCCAAACUGAAUGCUGGAUGGUUAGAUUCAUCUCGAUCACUCAUGGAACAAGAUAUCCAGGAGGACGAUGAACUUCUACUCCGUUUUAAAUAUUAUGAUUUCUUUGAUUUGAAUGCAAAAUAUGAUGCAGUACGGAUUCAUCAGCUAUAUGAGCAAGCCCGCUGGGCUAUUCUGCUGGAAGAAAUAGACUGCACCGAAGAAGAAACCUUCAUUUUUGCUGCAUUGCAGUACCAUAUCAGCAAGAUGACCUUAUCAUCAGGAUCCAAAGACUUCACGGUUGAGAGUGAAACCGACGAAGUGGAAGCAGCACUUUCCAAUCUGGAAAUAACACUAGAAGGCGGAAGAUCAGAGAGCCUAUUGGAGGAUAUCACAGACAUUCCAAGGCUCGCUGAUAACCUCAAACUAUUUAGAUCGAAAAAGCUGGUACUGAAAGCCUUCAAGCAAUAUUGGUUUGUCUUUAAAGACACAUCCGUGUCUUACUUUAAAAACAAAGAAGCUGAACAUGGGGAACCUAUCGAGAAGCUUAACUUAAGAGGAUGUGAAAUUGUCCCAGAUGUAAGUGUGUCAGGGAAAAAAUAUGGGAUUAAAUUACUCAUCCCGGUUGCCGAUGGAAUGAAUGAAAUACAUUUGAGGUGUAAUGAUGAAGAGCAGUAUGCCAGAUGGAUGGCUGCUUGUGCGUUGGCUUCCAAAGGAAAAACAAUGGCAGACAGUUCUUACCAAUCCGAGGUGCAUAACAUCCUAUCGCUCCUGAAAAUGAAAAGCAUAACAGCUGCACCCCAAGAAGUUUCAGAUGUAGAAAGCAUGGACGUGAAACCAGAAUGCUUCAUCUCACCACGAUACGCUAAGAAAUAUAAGUCUAAGCAGUUAGCUGCUCGCAUUCUAGAAGCACACCACAACAUCAUUCACCUGCCUCUUAUGGAAGCCAAACUGAGGUUUAUCCAGGCAUGGCAAUCACUUCCAGAAUUCGGCUUAUCCUAUUAUGUUGUAAGAUUUAAAGGAAGCAAAAAGGAUGAUCUUUUGGGGAUUUCUUACAACAGGCUGAUUAGGAUAGAUACAGCUACUGGAGACCCAAUUACAACCUGGAGGUAUUCAAAUAUGAAACAAUGGAACGUGAACUGGGAGAUACGGCAGGUUGCCAUUGAGUUCGAUCAGAAUGUCUCUAUCGCAUUUGCUUGCCUAAGUGCAAAUUGCAAAGUGGUUCAUGAAUACAUUGGCGGCUAUAUAUUCCUGUCAACCCGUUCCAAAGACCAGAAUGAGACGUUGGAUGAAGACUUGUUCCAUAAAUUAACCGGUGGAAGGGAAUGAAAGGAAACUAGCAGCUUUUCCUGGACUGAAUAGAAGGGCCAGAGGUGAUGGUGCUCGCUUAGAUGGCUCCUUGGUACCUCUUGCCUGAUUCUUUUGAUAAAAAUUGAUAAAGAGGAAGCAGGGAUACUGCGAAGCGAAGCAUCAGCCUUUGGCAUCAAGAUGGAGGACUUUUCACAUUCUGAUCAAAAAUCAAUGUUCUGCUAUUGUCUUCUCUUCCAUGACCAUUGGAGGUGGGGGGGCAUGAUGGUGGAAAGAGACAGAAUUAUAAGUGGAAGAUUGUCAGAUGGAGCCUUCACAAAAUUCCACGAAUCAGGUAACUCAUUGGAUGAUAGAAGUCUCUUCUGAAAAUAUUCUAGCUUUUUUUUUUUUGUCCAUGAAACCCAAAAGGAAAGCUUCUGGUUUCAAUUUUAUAUUUAUUUUAAGAAUCUCCUGAAUUAAAGUAAAAGGUAUUUCUUUUAAAAAAUGAAAACAUUCUAGCGUGCCAAUUUGUCAAACUUUGGAGCGCAGUCCAAUUCCCACUUACUGCUUCCUUUUGCACACUGAGUCACUGUCCUCUAUAGCUUUCCGGUCAGUGGAAUUCAUUGUUCUAAAGAGAGCUCAGCCAGUCUUUGUGCAACACAAAUAAUGUAUUUAUAGGAAGUAUAUUCUCUUGGAAAUAAUGUUUAUCCUUUGCGCUAGUCUGGAGCAUUGGAGAAGAAAAACUAACCCAAACUCAAAGCAUGCCCUGCUUUCAAAAGAGCUUGUGGAAAUAGAAUGUCUUUGGAAGUUUAUUCUUAGAGAUAUUCUUGAGUCAACUUGUUUCACAGUGUGUUGUAGACUUUUAUUGGUGUUAAUAGAUUGUCUUUGACAAACUUCCUGGAAAGACUCCUGCUCUCAAAAGGUUUUUGUCAAUAUUAAAUUACUGAUAAGUAUUUUGACAAAAACAUGGAACAAUGUUUUCCUCUCUGUUCUUCCUGGCUCGUUUUUCACUGGUGGUUACAGUGGAGCAGAGAAGAAGCAAGAAUUGUCCAUAUCUGCAAAAAAGGGAGGAAGGCGUUUUUUGGUAUUUUCUUUCUAACCCUUAAAAUCUUAAAUACAUAACACUGGCCUCUAAUGGAUGGAUUCCAAUUCCAUUGCAUAUGUGGCUAGAGCUUAUGGUAGUUGCUUGAGAGGUAUAACAAUAGCCCUCUCUAAGUGGUUUACAGAGUCAGCCUAUGGUCCCCAACAAUCUGGGUCCUCAUUCUACCCACCUCGGAAGAAUGGAAAGCUGAGUCAACCUUCAGCUUGAUGAGAUUCGAACUGCCAAAUUGCAGUCAGCUGGCAGUCAGCAAAGUAGCCUGUAGUACUACACUCUAACCACUGGGCCAGAUUCCUCAUCCGUGUUAUCCUUGAACGGAGCCAUUUUUCCUAUGCCUGUGACCUUUUUUUGAUUAAAUUAGUAUCUAAAUAAUUAUGCAUUCAGUUUCAUUAUUUUUCCUAUUAUUAUUUGCCCCUACAUAAUUAUAGUUUAAAAUAAUGUUAUUAUAGGUACUACGAUACAAUGUUUUAUAGAUGUACCACUAUGCCUUAUAACUGUCAUUUCAUGGGAAAAGAUGACAAGACAGCAAAAAUGAAAGAUGAAUAUACUAUAUAUUAGCAUUGUAAUUUUUAAUAAUCAGUUUGGUCUGGUAGUUAAGGCACCAGGCUGCAAAUAAGGAGACUGUGAGUUCUAGUGCCGCCUAAUGGAUGACCUUGGGCCAGUCUCUCUCUCUGAGACCUGGGAAGUAAGCAAUGGCAAACCACUUCUGAAAUCUUGCCAAGAAGACUGUAGAGCUUGUCCAUACAGUUGCAACCAAAAAUGUUUUGAUAAGUUUUUCAAGGGUCAAUUUACACAGAUUUAAAUUUUCUUCUUUGUGCCUGAUUAAGUCAACGUGGGAGAGGCAUGCAUAACAAGGUGAAUGGAUCUCAUGAUGCAAAAAUAAAGGGUGAGUGAGUGAGUGUAAAUUUGUAGAAUGAAAAAUCAAUUUGCUUAUUUUCAGCAUCAUAAGUCUGCCUUGCUGUAAAUUGGAUUUCUUGAUGAUUGGCUUUGUACACUAUAGCAGCCAUUUUGUAAAUAUUUUGGAAGGAGAUUUUUCAAAAUUCUAAAUGUAUCAUCUGCUGCAAAGAUAAUCCAGUUCAUUUUAAUCAAAAAGGCUUUUAUUUUGUUCCCACUGUGUAACAUUUUUGUCCUUUUUUAAAUUGUCACUUAUUUUUUACUAUAAAAUGCUUCAGCAGUUUCUGAAUUGUGCAGGUUUUGUAAAAUAAUGAUUAAAAUUAGCUUUAUUAAGGUUUUGCUAUGUUUUAGCUGCAAUCAUUUAAAAUAAAUUCUAAAAUGUUUUUAAACUG